CUUCACCGGCACAUGGCUACAAGACAGCUCACCUUGAGUAUUAGCCCACUAACACCCAUAAAAUCCCACCUCAUUGAUUAUUAGCUGAGAGCUGAGAGGCGAGCCACUUUUGCUAUUGGCCAUUCAAUAUUUCCAGUAUGUUGGGUCUGAUCCACCUGGUCCGUAUGCCGGUUCAGGGGAUAGCCCCACGAAAUCGGUGAACACCAAGCGUAACCCGUUACUUAUAAUAAGCCAACUUUCAUAUUGAGCAGUUACCUGAGUAAUCUAGAUAACAAUCAUUUCAAAAUGGAUUACGACACAUGGCGACACCGAGUUGUUGAAGUAGAACCUUCCGUGCGCAUCGCCUAUAUCGACUGCCCUUCCAAAAACAAGAAACCACAACGAGGUGUGAUAUUGCUUAUACAUGGCUUCCCCCAAACCUCAUACCAAUUCCGGCAUGUUAUCGAUCCCUUUUCAAGGGCGGGAUACCGCGUCAUAGCCCCCGACUAUCGCGGUGCAGGAGGUUCUUCCAAGCCUGCUACAGGCUUCACCAAAUCCACCAUGGCGCGGGAUUUCGUGCGCCUACUAAACGCCCUUGAGAUACAUGAACCGGUUCACCUUAUCGGCCAUGAUAUCGGAGGGAUGAUCGCAUUUGCCAUGGCGUCAAAGCAUCCGUCACGAGUAGCGAGUAUCAAUUGGGGAGAAUGCCCCUUGCCCGGAACAGAGGUAUUUACGGAAGAACUUACUACGCACGCGGUUCAGCAAUUUCAUUUCGUCUUCCACAAUGUGCCAGAUCUGGCUCUAGCACUCGUGACAGGCCGUGAGCAUAUCUACGUGUCUCACUUUUUCCAGAAACUCGCGUAUAACAGAGCUGCAAUCAAGCCUGAAGACAUCGAUCACUAUGUUCAAGCUUAUGAGCAGCCCGGUGCGAUGAGGUGCGCUUUUGAGGUCUACCGAGCGUUUGAGCAGGAUGCCAAAGAGUGUUUGGAAUGGAUAUCGUCGUACGGAAAGCUGAGUCUCCCGGCUUUAUCGUUGAGUGGGAUCGAAAGCAGGCAUCUUGAACAUGCGGGGGGGAUGUUUGCAGAAGUUCACCAGAAGGGUACCUACGAGAUCGUGGCUAUCCCCGACUCGGGCCAUUAUAUUGCGGAAGAGAACCCGCUAUGCUUUGUUAAGGAGUCGCUAAGUUUCAUCGAACAGGCGACAUUAGGGCCGAAAUAACUUGAUGGGAGAUGUGUACCUAGCUAAGCCGACGUUUUAGCUACACACAAUGCGCCAACCAAUGUACAUAUAUCUAAUCGAGAUAUACCUAAGUAUCAUAGAAUCAUUGAUGUGGCAUAUUCUUUGCCAAACCGCCAAUUCAAGUUAUUCUGCAGUGGA